CGCCCCAACCUUCCAACCAAUCCCUUCCGCCGCGGCCCAAUCAUGACCCCGGGGCUCCACGCCGCCGACCUCCGCCGGAUCUUCCACCAGCUCGACCGCAACGGCGACGGCCUCCUCAUCAUCGACGAGCUCGGCUGGCUCCUCGACCGGAUCGGAUCAUCGUCCCUCCACUUCACCAGCGACGAGGUCGAGUCCUCCGUCGGAAAAUCCACCCUCGACUUCGACGAGUUCCUCGCCUUCUACCGCUCCAUCGAUGGCGGCCACAGCGGGGAGUCGGGGGCUUCCGUGGCGGCGGCGGUGGAGAGGGAUUUGGAAGAGGCGUUCAGAGUGUUCGACUUAAACGGCGAUGGAUUCAUAACGUAGAAUUGGAUGGCGGUGUUGGCAGAGAGCCUGACCCGGCGGUCUCUGGGACCUUUGGCGGUGUAGACCUUGUUGUGGCUUCCUCUCCAGUCUCCGUCGUGGGCGGUCGAUUAGGGUCCAAUCGAAGCUCCCCCAUUCUUGACGAUCGAUUCUAGAUCUGAAUUCUUCGCUGACUGGUGCAGGGGAAGAAGAGCAGAGUGCGGCGGAAGAAGAACAGAAAGGAGAUGUGGCGGGGCGGCAGUGGAGGAGGAUGCGGUGGUGGUCGGAGAGCUUGCGUCGUCUUCUCCGAUCUCCUUCUCUCUCGCGUCCAACUCUGGCGAGAUUGCUCUGGGCACUGCGCAGCCACGCAGGGAUACGCUGGGAAGAAACAAAAAAAAAAUAGGGCAGAAUUUU